GAUUAAAAAAUUCAAUUACUAUUUAAUCAUGGAGUUAUAUUAUUUGAUUACUAUUUUAAGUUUUGUAAAAUUCUGCUUUUCAAACCUAGAAAUUAUUACGUUUAUUACACCUGAAAACUGUUCUGAGCGUGAGUAUUUUGUUCCCAGUUUAAUGACAUGUAAACAAUGUAACGAUCACCAGAAAUCUUCCUUAGAUCGGUUGAGUUGUGUUUGUGAAAAAAAUAGCAGAAUUGUUGAUAACAUUUCAGAGUUUUCUUCUUGUGAACCAUGUCCAUCAAACUUGACUGCCACAUUGGAUAAUUUGCAUUGUUUAAAAAAGACAAACGUUACAUGUGGAUUAAAAGACAUAGAAUUGGAAACUGAACCUAACGGUUUGCCAUUGGUAAGAAAAUCGUGUAUCCGCUGUUCACCCGGGACAUUCCCAUCGUCAGAUCGAACAAAGUGUUUACCUUGUCAAGUGGCGAAUUGCACAUGUCCACAGACUUCCCACGAGUGGCUUUUGGACGGAACYCUGUGCGUGUUCAGCCAAAAUCUGACUUUAUGGCYCGACGAAAGAGAGACGCACAUCGUCGAAUACGAUAUUGUUGGUGUGGAAGUGGAAUCCAAAUAUUUGAAAAAGCAUUUGAGGGCACUUUUGUAUAAAUGUGUCAAAAUGAAACACAGGAUGUCGUGCGAGUCUCUUGGCAACCUUUGCACAGUACAAAUGUACAAGGACGAACGGAAAGUCAACCCGUGUAGGGUGUUCAAAGACUACAGACGCAUACCAACGUCGUCGGAUGUUGACCGCUUGCCAUUGCCUUGGAUUUACUACGGCGAAGGAGAUGCUUCUAUUGCGCUGAACAGGAAAAAAAUCACGUCCAAGUACACCAUAAGACCUGGCAGUCACGUAUGUACUUCUCAACGUGAAAUUGAAAAUGAAGGAAACAUCUAUCCACCAUUUAUGAUUUUAGAUUACGGUCAAAUAACUGAUGAGAAUAUAUCAUUGAAUGAGCUGUGCCCAGUGACGUUCACAGUAGAAUUUUUUAUGGAAAACGACAUACUGCAUYAUGUUGACAUGAGUUUGGGUAUUCUUAGUGGUUGUGUGUUCAUCUGGAGCUGUAUACACACGUGGAGUGAAUCAAAACGAUGUGGAAGAAUGGCAAUUGACUUGUGGACAAUUGGACAAUUUACAAUUACUUGUUGUUCACAUUUUGCAAAUAUGAUAUUUGUGGUUUGUCUACUAUUAGCUGUUCAUACGUUGUUAUUUUAUAAAGCGCAGAGUGUUGUUUACAUUCUUUUACCGUCUCAAGAUUUGGAAACUGUUGUUAAUCGUUAUGUAAUUAUUGCAUUCCUAUUAAAAAUUGUAGAAAUUGUACGAUUAAUAUGGAAACAAGCAACCAUUGAUAUAUUUUUAGUGGAUUGGGAAAAACCAAGAAUUUCACCAAAUCAGAAACAAAAUGGUAUAAUGCCUACCCAAAAGCAAACUGUCAGCAUUUGGAGAAGCUAUUUUGUAGCAAACGAAUGGGCUGAAAUACAGACGAAAAGAAAAAUUAGUYUGCACUUGCAACUCUUGUUUACUAUACUUCUCUUAAAAAUUUAUGGUUUGGAAAACUGGGCUGUUGCUGAGCCUGAAGUACAUUUAACCAAAGUUCCGUACAGACCAACUAGUCAAAUUUUAGGAUUUGGUAUGCUUGUUAUCGUGUUCAGUUUUGUGUACAUUGUUCAGGUAAGAACNNNNGUAGCAAUAUACGAGAGGUACAUAAAGAAUUGUAUACAGCAGUUUGUCGAUAUAUGUUCGUUGGCCAAUAUUAGCGUGUUCAUUUUGUCUGCUGAGUUUUUUGGUUAUUACAUACAYGGCAGAUCUGCCCAUGGAUUUUCGGAUACUGACAUGGAGAGUUUGAUUGGUCAAUUGAGAAGAGAAGAAGACAAUAUGGUAAGACACAGAGGUUUGAUGCCAGGUACGGAGAAUCAGACGUUUGAAAUGACUGUUCCUUCAUCUUUGAAGACUUACUAUCGACGAGUUAUGGCACCUUUGAAUAAUAUCCAAUCCAAACAGAUCUCAGGCUCGUCGUUUAGGAUUAAACAAGUAGAUAAAACUGAUAUGGUAAAAAUAGGACAGGCAUACAAUAAUAUGAAUAAAUUCUUAGCAGCUUUCUUGGAUCACKUUUUGACUUAAUAUAAUUUAUUUUAGGCUUUGAAAGAUUUGGAUUAUGAAAUUCGUGAAAAGACUUUCGUCGAGAAGCUAUUAGGGAUUGAAUACUCAGACCCUUUGGAYAAAGGAGUAUUUUUCAUAGAUGACGGGCAUUCGUUUGAUCAAGUGAUUUUUUACGGAAAAGAGUGUACUUUAGUAAUAUUUGACUUGAUGAUGCUAUCAUUUUUUUUCGUACUUACUGAAAAUAUUGUGCUCGCUGGAAUUAUUACAGGAUUUUUAAACAAGGCAAUGAGCGUUAUCAGAACAACAUUUGGCAAAAGGAAUUUGGCCAAGAAAACCUUAAUUGAUGAGAGGUUUUUAAUAUAAAAACAAUG